UUCCGUUUCGCCAUUUUCCUUCCUGAAGACCCGGUGCUGCCUCUGGAAAGAAGCUCCGCGACCGACCCGCUCUCCCUCGUUCCCCACCUGCCAGCAGCCUCCUGCGGGAUAGAACCACCGGGCCGAGCCCCCUUCCUCCGUCGACCAGAAGAAAGUCUGUCCGUGUAGCUGUGUCCGUCGCCCCGCCAGAAUGAGCAGCCAGGAGAGCCCCGAGUACUCGCCUUUCUUCGCCGUGAUGGGAGCCACCGCGGCCAUGGUGUUCAGCGCAUUGGGAGCUGCGUACGGGACAGCGAAGAGCGGCACAGGGAUCGCUGCCAUGUCGGUGAUGCGGCCAGAGCUCAUCAUGAAGUCCAUCAUCCCCGUGGUCAUGGCGGGUAUCAUAGCCAUCUACGGGCUGGUGGUGGCCGUGCUGAUAGCAAACAACAUCUCCGAGAAGGUCACCCUUUACAAGAGUUUCCUGCAUCUCGGGGCCGGGCUGAGCGUGGGCCUGAGCGGUCUGGCGGCCGGCUUCGCCAUUGGAAUCGUGGGCGACGCCGGUGUCCGAGGCACCGCCCAGCAGCCCCGGCUCUUCGUGGGCAUGAUCUUGAUCUUGAUCUUCGCUGAGGUGCUGGGGCUUUACGGCCUCAUCGUGGCCCUCAUCCUAUCUACAAAAUAAAGUGUCUGCAUCAAACACCAUCUCAUUCAUUCCAUAUCCAAGCAGCCAGAACAAAUAGGAGAUUUUCACCUACUUCCAUUACACCCCGCGGGUCUGACAGGAUGGGAUGGCAACAGAAACAAGUCGGCGGUCGACUUUUGACAGCUGUGUCCUCAGUAGAUGUGAUCUAUCCAUAUUGUUUAAAGCCAUCCAGUUGUGUCAGGUCCUUCGUGUACAGUACGGGCAUGAAGAUGUAUUGGUUGUUGUGGGAUGAUGUGUGGACAGUCUGCCUGAUUUGUUGUCUGAUCUUAACCUGUACAGUGAUCCAGAGUCCCUCACUCCUGUAAAUGUAGUAACCAGUCUGUGCUGUGGGUGUGAGUAUAAAUGUUUACCCCUCUGCCCAUUCCCCUCCUUUUUGUUUUCUGUUUUCUGUUGGUGGUUUUGAUUGUAAUUCUCUGUUUUGAAACUGCGGAAAAAUCGUGCACAUUGGUAUUUUAUUUUUUCAUGUUCUUUUUCGGGACCAUUUUUGAUUCAGGAGCUGUCAAGACAUAUUUUUUUCACUAUUUAUGGAAAGCUAUGACGAUUUUGACUCAAUGAUACUGUCUUAAUGGAAUACUGUUAAUAUUAAAAUACCCUAUAUACAUAAAAAUACAUAUAAAUUAUCUGUGUAUAGUUAGAUUAAUCGCACUGUGGGUAAUUGUUCAAAGUGCUUUGAAUUCCUCUGGAUGUAGUGUGAUUAUUAAUGGAGGAUGUCCACAUGUUGACUUGGAGUUUGUAUGUGUGUGUGUGUGUGAGCAUAUGAGAAUGACUUGAGUGUGUAAUGCGUGCAAGUGGAUUUAUGUUUAAUAUGACAUUCUCAAACACUAGUAUCGUUUACUUGUAGUGCUGCUGUCUUAUUUGUUUUUUUUGUUUAAGGUGGGAGGUCACUGUUCAGCCAUGCCUGUCAGAUUUCCAAAUAAAACUCAACCUCCUCCAGAA